CCGGUUCCGGCCUUCACGCUCCCUCGCCAGCUCCCACCACUGUGCGCCGCCACGCCACGCACCAGCCCAGCCAUGGCGUUCGCCGCGCGGAGGAGCAUCGCCACCCGACUAUCCCACCACCUCACACGCCGCGUCCAUCCCUGCGUCCCCCACGCGCUCACCUCCCACUCCCCCGACGAGCAGGCGAGCUCGUCUUCGCCGCUCCCGACCCCGCUCCAGCACCGUUCUGGAGCGGCCCAAACCCUAUGCUUCCUUCCUUUCUCGCUCCACCAAGCGGGGCCGACCCACCGCAGCUUCUCCUCCUCAACCCCGGCCCCCGCCCCCGACCUUGAGCUCACCCCAGCCGCCGAGGUCGAUGCCGCGGGCGUCCUUGCAGAUGCAGCGGAGGCGGCGGCGUCGGUGCCGGCGCCGUUCCCGGGGGAGGUGGCCGCCGCGGCUGCCGGCUCUUUCCUCCCCGUCGCCGCACUUCAGCACUUCAUUGACGCCGUCCAUAGCUUUACCGGGCUGAACUGGUGGGCGUGCAUCGCGCUGACAACUUUGAUUAUCCGGAGCGCGACAAUCCCGCUGCUUGUGAACCAAUUGAAGGCCACGACGAAGUUAAAUGCAUUAAAGCCAGAGAUGGAAGCCAUUAAAGAUCAGACGGAUACUAUGGAUCUAAAAUCAGCACAGGAGGGAAAAGCUAAAAUGCAGGCACUAUUCAAGAAGCAUGGUGUUAGUCCACUUGCUCCAAUCAAAGGACUUCUGAUUCAAGGGCCAGUAUUCGUGAGCUUCUUCUUAGCUAUAUCAAACAUGGUUGAGAAGGUCCCGUCAAUGAAAGGAGGCGGAGCAUUGUGGUUUACUGAUUUGACGACUCCAGAUUCUCUUUACCUCCUUCCUGUGGUAACAGGACUGACCGCCUUCGCUACAGUGGAGUUUAACUUGCAACAAGGAAUGGAGGGAAAUCCUAUGACCGGUAAAAUGAAGAAUGUUGCUAGAGGAAUGGCUUUUUUGACAGUCCCAUUUACAAUGCAUUUUGCCAAGGGAAUUUUUUGUUACUGGAUCACAUCAAACAUAUUUUCCCUUGCGUACGGUAUUGUUAUCCGGCAGCCAGCUGUGAGGAAUCUGUUCAAUCUUCCUCCUUUGGAAGCUGAGCCAUCGCCAGCAACAAAAAAGUCAAUCUUCAAUUUGUUAGGUGGAUCUCCUGCAGCAGAGUCACCAGUAGCAAUUGCAGGAGCCCAGAGAUCUGCUCUGGGGCAGCCUGAUGCAGCUGCUCUUGGGUAUAAGGUCAAAAAUCUUGAAAAGAAAGUGAAAUCCAGGGGGAAAAGGAAAAAUAGGUGAAUUGUGGGCGUAUGGGCACCUGAUAUGGUCCCAAAAGUCAGAUUUUGCAUUAGGAGGCUUUCUUUCUUCAUCGCUUGAGGCUGUCUUUUCAUUUUUGGUGUUGAAAUAAGCCAGAGUAAUUUUGACACACAGAAUCGGACAUACACAAAAUGUAUUCCAUUAACUUGUAAUAGUUGAUAUUACUGUUCGUCUCCCAAGGAUUGAGAUGAAUAUAUACUCCAAAAUUCAGGGACAGGCAAUACCCAAAAAUUCUAGAGGCACCGUUCGACAA